CUAUAAAACCGAAACGUCAAUCGCGCUCGCGUAUUGAUGCUUUCAAUUCGCGAACGCCGAUGAAAAUAUAAAUCGAAUUUAAAGAUAAAUUAUAAAAGAAAAAGUGUCAAUUCCGCAUACAUAUUGUAGAUUAGUUAUUAAUUAAUAGUUAAAAUGGUUCGACAUAGAAAAGUAGUGUCGCUUAAAACAGAUAAGAACGAUACAAGUAGCAGUGCGGGCAGUAGCGAAUCCUCGUUUGGUAGUAAGACGUUUAAGUUCCUUUCUGUAUGGAAAACCGGUGUCGGCUUCGUUUGUUUUUUAAUCGCCGUGUAUAUAAGCACUCUAGGCUACCUGGAAACUCGGGUUAACACGCCAUUUGACGAUGAUAAGGUAGUAAAAGAAACCGGUCUACAAAUACCGGAGCGCUACUGGGGCACAUACAGGCCAGGUGUGUACAUGGGGAUGAAGAGUCGGGAGCCGCGGUCACCCGUGUUCGGUAUGAUGUGGUACGAGCUAGCUGCCUCCUCACAUAAGGGUAUAAGACACUGGUGUGACCAGAAUGACAACCUAGCGACAUACGGCUGGCUCCGACACGACGGGGUCACGUUUGGGGAGCAACUGAUCACGGAUAACCCUCAUAACAUCACUACUUCGUUUAUUAAGACCCCCGGCGGUGAACACGGGGGUCAUUGGACUGUUAGGAUCAAUGUAACAACUAAGGGUAACGCCAAAGUACCCUUCGUGCUAAUCUGGUACGGGGCGCUGGAUGAGUCUCUCGGGGCCGCCGCUCCUCACUCCCGCAUCUGGUAUGAAGACGGCUCUAUACUGGGUCAUACGCCACAGCUGCAUAACUUUAGAGUCAAUCUGGUGCCUAAUCAGGGUAAACUCCUCCACACGUCAUAUUCGGAAGCCCACGCACCAGGGCUGCAUCUCCUCAAAGAGAAGUUCUAUGCGCUACUCAAGGUGGAAAGACAUUCCAUUUUUGGUAAACUAGCAGUUUUGGGCGCUGAUGAUGAACUGAGCAAGGAUAAAGACAUAAAUUUCGUGCCGAUACAGAUGUUAGUAGAAACUCCAUUUUCCAUAGACAUAGUCUAUACCACGGAGGAUCUCCCCACUCCUCCACUAAAGGGGGAAAAGUAUACAAAAGCUUUGGAGGCCAAGAAGACCUCGUUUGAUAUUGAAUUCGAAGAGAAAUUCAAAUUGGAUGAGAAAGGCUACCCACCACACGACGUGGCAAUAGCCAGGGCAGCUCUAUCAAACACUCUGGGCGGAGUGGGGUAUUUCUUCGGCGCGGGUCGAGUGCAGUCUCAAUAUACCAGGGAACCAGUGCCUUAUUGGAGAGCACCUUUAUAUACUGGUGUACCUAGCAGAUCAUUCUUCCCCCGCGGUUUCCUCUGGGACGAGGGUUUCCACGGUCUACUCAUCGGAAGAUGGUCUAACGACAUACAGAUGGACAUCGCGGCACAUUGGUUAGACCUUAUCAAUGUCGAGGGCUGGAUUCCUAGAGAACAGAUUUUAGGAUCGGAGGCAUUAGCAAGAGUACCCAAAGAGUUCGUGGUACAAAGCAACGCGGCCGCCAACCCGCCGAUGUUGCUCAUACAACUUGCACACUUCGUGAAGAUACGACCAGAACUGUUCGUCAGCGGCUCCAAGCAUAGAAGUACUCUGGAUAGAAUGUUCAGUAGAUUACAGGCGUGGUACCAGUGGUUCCAAACCACCCAGAAAGGGGAUGAGCCCACUUCCUAUCGCUGGCGAGGGCGUGAAGAUGAUGGCCUGCAGUUGAACCCUAAGACUCUGACUUCAGGACUUGAUGACUAUCCUAGGGCAUCCCACCCAUCAGACAUAGAGCGCCACGUAGACCUGAGGUGCUGGAUGUACGCGGCCGCCGACGCCAUGAUGACCAUCGCCGAUGUACUGCAUCGCGACUCCAGCAAAUAUGAAGCGACCAAAGAACAGUUAGGUGACGAAGAAUUACUAAAUGAACUGCAUUGGUCGUCACACACACAGACAUACGCCGAUUAUGGGCUCCACACGGACGGAGUGAAGUUAGUUCGCCAACAGCCCAAGAAUCCGUCAGAGGGCGCUCGAGUAGUGCGCAGUGUCACCGUGCCCCCGCAACCCAGGCUUGUCACCUCUGCUUUUGGUUACGUAUCCCUAUUCCCGAUGUUACUGAAAGUGCUGAAACCCGACAGUGACAAGCUGGGUAAAAUACUAGAAGAUUUAGAUAAACCUGAACUACUCUGGUCUCCAUACGGACUCAGGUCCCUCUCAAAAUCAUCUCCCUUAUACAUGAAGAGGAACACAGAACACGACCCCCCAUACUGGAGGGGUCAAAUUUGGAUCCCCAUAAACUAUCUCGCGUUGUCCUCUCUGAAGCACUACGCGAGUAUAGAGGGACCUCACGCGGCUAGAGCUGCCGAACUCAACGCCAGGCUACGGGACAAUAUCGUUCGUAACAUACUAAACGAAUACAAACGCGCUGGGUACCUAUUCGAGCAGUACUCCGGGGAAGACGGCAAGGGUUCAGGCUGUAAGCCCUUCAACGGCUGGACAGCCCUGGUAGUCCUGAUCAUGGCAGAUGAAUACUAGGGUAACAUAGGACGCUAGGAGACACAAUGAACUUUAUUUAUAUUAGACCAUUCAUAUACAAAAACCCAAGAUGCACGGUCUCGAAUAAAAGUAACGCUCGAAAGUAUCCCCGAACACUAAUUCUGUCUCUUUCUAUAAGGUACAAGCAAACGUUAUUGCAAGUUCAACUUUACGCGAAUUGCUUAAAGUCGUUAUUACAACGCAUUGUAGUUAAAGCAAUAUAAUUUCACGACCGAAGUGGUCGCUAGGACAAAGAAAAUGAGCACACAAUUUUGAAUGUUGCGCUCAUUUGGUGAGGACGUUUUUGAGACGUUGAGUGUGCAUCUUGGGUUUUUUGUAUAUCAAUGUAUUAGACGCAUAGAGACAACCAUAUUGGAAACAACAACGAUAGUAACGCCAUCUACCGGGUUUAAUUUCGUUUUUAAACCACGCAGGAAUGUUUAAAAAAAUAUACAUACAUACAAGAUUUUAUUUUGUUAACUGACUACUCCUAAACGGAGUCCAGCUUUGACGAGGAUGAAAAUGACAAAACACACGUACAGAAAUUUGUUUAUGUUGCAGCCAACUAGUUCAAUAGCCUUUCAAUCAAACAGCUAGACAGAGCGACGUCGACAUAAUGUGUUGACUAUUUGUGACACCAUCAUCUCCAAAGCCUUUUCCCAACUAUGUUGGGGUCGGCUUCCAGUCUAACCGGAUUCAGCUGAGUACCAGUGCUUUACAAGGAGCGACUGCCUAUCUGACCUCCUCAACCCAGUUACCCGGGCAACACAACACUCCUUGGUUAGACUGGCUUCUGACUACCUGUAACGACUGCCAAGGAUGUUCAUUGACUGCCGGGACCUACAGUUUUGUGACAAAAGGUGUCAAUUUAAAUACUUGUGACUACUCUCUCUUUUUCACCGACAGAUUUUUUCAGUAGUCAGGUCAAAGUUGUUUAUAGCUAUUUAUAAAUAAUUACAAAUUCCUAUAUUUGUUUGUAAAUUAUCCCAUAUGGAUAGUAUAAAUAGCAAAAGAACACGCUAAAAAGUGUAAAAAUUGAGUACUUAUGUACCGACUAUGGCGCUAGGAUGAGGUCGCCAAAAGGCUUUUGAAACGAGGCGCCGAAAUAUUUUGUGUUCUGGGGCUCGAUUCUGAUAAUUUUACUUACGACAUACGACGAUUCACAUCCAACUGAGAUCCAAUCACGACUCAAUUACGAUUGAAGCGUAUGUGGCAUUUCGCUAUUUUUUCUUUUAAAUGAACGUUUUCAUCCUUUUCUGUGAUUCAAUAAUGAAUCACAUUGUCUGCAAAUGAUUUACGAUUGUAAUAUGAUUGUAGAGCAAACUACCGUAUAGACCAAAUAGCAGAACAAUCGCAAACCAAUCGAAUGUCGUUGGAAUACGAUUGGUCUUACAUUAGUAGCAGAAUGCCCGCUAAGGUUAAAACUGCUAUUGCGAUUCAAUUUUGACAUUAUUAUCUUAGCAGAAUCGGGCCCCUGGCACCAGACUUGUCAAUUGCUUGUAAUUGAAAGAAUUGAAAACUGUAGAAAAUUGUAGUACGCACAAAAUUUACAAAACGCAUCAAACUAUUGGAUAAAUCGCAUUAGGAAUUUGCUCAAAUUAAAAUUAUUAAUGAAUACAAUUAGUAAGAAAGUAUGGCUUGAUAAAAUUUAAAAAUUCAAUCGUAAAUCAGCUGUUAUAU